AUGGCUCCGAAAAAAGCACAGAAAAGCGCAGAAGUUGAACCGGAACAAAAUAUGAAUGACCAUGAUACACACACACGAAACAAUAGUCAAAGUAAAAAGACGCCUAAUGGAAAACAAGGAUCAUCAGUCAAAGGCGGUAGUAGUAGUGGAAAAACUGGUAAUUCAAUUCGGAAAAGAAAGCCAGAAGCACAAGCAUUAGAAGAAGAUGCUGCAUUAUUCGUUCAUCCAAAAACAAAUGCACAACAGGCUGACGACUCUGCAGAAGACGAUAAUGAAAAAGAACAACAACAGAAGAAACCAGCAGGAAAGAAACAAACGAAAAAAACAAAUUUACCUAAUAAUGGUGAAAAAGAUAAUCAAAUAGCAAGUCGAGCAGGAAAAGGAAGAAAACAGCAAAAACCUGCAGAGGAGGAUGAAGAAGGUACUGAUAAUGGUGUUGUUGGAGAUGUACCCGCUUCUACAAAAAAGAAAAUCGGCGCUGCUGCAAAGCCCACGGCAUCAAAAUCAAAACGUGUUAAUGUACAUGCAAAGAAAAGUGACAAUGAAAAAGACGGUGAAGAACAACAAAGUAAUGAUGAUGAUUUAGACCAAGAACAACAGCAACCAAAAGGCGCUGCUGGGAAAAAAGUGGGUGCUAAUGCUAACUCUGGCAAAAAACCAGCACGCGGAGGAAACAAAAAAAAAUCACCUGCAGAUGAACCGGAAGAAGAAGACGGUUAUAAUAACAAAGACGGAGAAGACGCCAAAGAUAAUAAAAGUACUGAUGGAAAAGCUGCACAGAAAAAAAAAUCGGCUACCGCGACCAAAAAAUCUGGUAGAUCAGCAAAAAAACCGUCCUCAUCGGCAUCGGCAAGUGAAAAUGAACCAGAGUCAUCUGAUAAAAAUGUUGAUUUAAGUGAUGAUGAACAACAGCAAUCAGAUAAACAAAAAUCUGGUAAAGGAAAAGGUCGUCAACCCACAAAACGAAAAGCACCAAUAACCACAAAAUCGAAACAAAGUGAGGAGCCGCAAUUUACAGAUAAUACAAAUGGAGAAACUGAUGAAGAAGAACAUGAAGGCGGCUCACCAGCAAAACAGAAGAAAACCGUACGGGGAGCUGCUGCUGGUAAUAGUCGUGGUGGAAAAAAGAAAAUUACAUAA